AAGAAAUAAAUUUGCUGGCGUUGAGAUUAAAGAUCUUUUUUUUCAAGACUAACUCUGAGGGUGUAUUUGUGUGUUUCCAGGCAAGAUGGUGAGAAUGAACGUACUGGCAGAUGCCUUAAGGUCAAUAAAUAAUGCAGAAAAACGAGGGAAACGUCAGGUUCUUCUUCGUCCCUGCUCAAAAGUUGUUAUCAGGUUCUUGACAGUAAUGAUGAAACACGGUUACAUAGGGGAAUUUGAAAUUGUGGACGAUCACAGAGCUGGUAAAAUUGUGGUCAAUCUGACAGGCCGUCUUAAUAAAUGUGGUGUAAUCAGUCCUCGUUUCGAUGUACACCUUAGAAAUUUAGAAAAGUGGACAAGCAACCUCCUACCAUCACGACAGUUUGGGUACCUUGUGUUAACAACAUCUGGCGGAAUUAUGGACCAUGAGGAAGCCAGGAGAAAACACUUAGGCUUCGAUAAGAAACAAUAGCAUCUCAACCUCUCACAAGGAGCACACCAUGCCAAUGAGGUCCUUCUCUCAAUACCAGAUCUCAUCAGUAUUGAUGUGACAAAAAGUUGUCUUUUUUAAAUUGUGUGAAAAAAAUUUCUUCAAACCAGGAAAUAUAACAAUCAUAUUUCUUCACCGUGAAGUCUACUUAUUGGUUUUUAUAGACAUUUAAAAUCAUGACAAAGAAUGUGAAAAAAACAUUUCAAGGUAGCUCAGUAGUGCUGAUGAUUACUUGCAGUUACUUUAAACUGUCAGUUAAAUGUAUUUUACCAUAAGUCAAAUUUUCAUUUAACAUAUUACUUUCAGAAAGAUUUUUCCAGUCUGUUAAAACAUUCUUGACAGAUGCCUAUUUCCUGCAACAUGAACUUAAGAGAUGUGAUGAAUUAUAUAUCAAUAUGAUAAGUUAAGUAACAAUUACCAUGUUUUGCUCAUAGUACUGCUGUAAAAUACAUUUCUCAUCAUUA